AAUUAGAACCAUGUAUUUUAACUGGCCGUUUUAACCGUGAAGAGGACUCUGUGCGAGUGGUCCAUUUCAAGGUUUAUGCUAUCUUCCUGUUCGAAAUGCUCGUUCGAUUGGGUUCCCGUUGUCUCUUCUUCCCCAAAACCAAAACCCUCGUCACUUCUCUCCAUUUCCUCCGCUUCUUGUGUUCUUCAGAACUCCAGCACCUCCAGCCAGUCGAUCCAAGGCCCUCACUGCCGCAAUUGGAACCCUCAAACGACGCCGACUUGAUUUCCCAAGUGCUCCUCCAACACCACAACCCAUUUCACGCCAUGGAAUCCUCUCUUCAGCUCCACGGCAUUUCUCUCACCCCUUUCCUUGUCCAUCAAACCCUCCUCCGCCUAAAACACUCUUCCAAAAUUGCCCUCUCCUUCUUCCAGUAUUCCCAGUUCCAUCCCAGUUACUCCCUCGACUCCACCACUUUUAAUCUCCUCAUCGACAUUCUAUGCAAAGUCCACCAGUUCGAUGUUGCGUGGCAGCUUAUUAUCCAAAUGGACCAGAAGUGCAUUAAACCCAACUUUACUACUUUCUAUUUGUUGAUCCGUAGGCUUAUUUCUGCUGGUUUGACCCGUCAAGCCAUUCGGGCAUUCAGUGAAAUGCAUAUAUUUAUGGAUGAAGAAAGUGAAGAGCAAGUGUGGAAGUCGUAUUUUUGUUAUCUUCUUGAUACCCUUUGUAAAUAUGGAUAUGUUAAAGUGGCUACUGAAGUGUUCAAUAAGGAGAAGUGGAGAUUGGAGCUCAAUUGUAAGAUUUAUACCAUUCUAAUAUAUGGUUGGUGUAAGGUGAAGAAUAUAGACAUGGCUAGGAGGUUUCUAGGGGAGAUGUUGGAGAAGGGAAUUGAUCCGAACGUGGUGAGUUACAAUGUGUUGUUGAAUGGGAUUUGCAGGAGAGCAAGUUUGCAUCCUGAGGGAAGGUUUGAGAAGGUAAUUAGGGAAGCAGAGAAGCUGUUUGAUGAUAUGACUGAACGAGGUGUGGAACCGGAUGUGACCAGCUAUUCUGUACUCCUUCAUGUCUAUAGCCGGGCUCAUAAGCCGGAGUUAUUGCUUGAUAAAUUAAGGAUUAUGAGACGCAAAGGGAUAUGCCCCAAUAUUGUGACAUAUAGCUCAGUCAUCAAGUGCCUCUGCUCUUGUGGUAGGAUUGAAGAUGCUGAGCUUUUACUCGAGCUAAUGGUUUCUAAUGGGGUGACUCCCACAUCCGCAACUUACAAUUGCUUCUUUAAAGAGUACAAAGGGAGAAAGGAUGUCGAUGGUGCAUUGAGGUUAUACGAGAAAAUGAGGCAGGGUUCCCUCUGUCCACCUAACGUGAGUACGUAUAAUAUAUUGUUGGGGAUGUUAUUGAAAUUGGGUCGAAUAGGGUUGGCCAGAGAUAUUUGGGAAGAUAUGAAGGCUUCUGGAGCAGGGCCUGAUUUGGACUCAUACACAUUGUUGGUUCAUGGAUUUUGCGAGAAACAAAAAUGGAAAACGGCCUGCGAAUUCUUUAUGGAAAUGAUAGAAAAAGGAUAUCUGCCACAUAAGGUAACCUUUGAGACACUUUAUAGAGGCUUAAUACAAUCCAAUAUGUUGAGAACGUGGAGAAGGUUAAAGAAAAGGCUUGAUGAGGAAUCAAUAACUUUUGGUUCAGAGUUUGAAAAUUAUCACCUAAAGCCUUAUAGAAGGUGAUCUGGUGAAGUCUUGAAAGGGGUACAAGGCCGACUAAUCUGAUGUUGGUAUGUCCUGAUUCACGAGGAGCUACUUAAGGAUUAUUACCUGCCCCCUCUGACCAGCACAAAUCAUCUAGCUUUUUUGUCUUUGCUGGAAUUUGAACUUUGGUUUCCGUGGUUUUCAACCGCUAGGCCACACCGUAGGGUGCUAUUUCCGACGCAUUUUAAACUUAUGUUGUAUUUGGCAUGAGUUUGUUAAUUUAAUGUCCCCGGAAGUGGUUACUCCAUCUGGAUUGACUGUUUGAUGGUUGUUAAGCUGAAGGUGUAAAAGCUGCAACAAUGGAUCACACGCAACCACGGAUUAUCCUUGUAAUUGAUGAUGUAGGAGACCUCAAGAGCACAGAAGUAGCAAACAUUCUGUCAUUCUUAGGAUUUUGUCACAAACCUGAACAGGUCAAUAAAAUCUUUUCCAUGAA